AGCUAUGUACAGGAAUGCUUUUUUCAGGAUUGGGAGAGUCGGUCCACCAUGUAAAUGAGGUUCGCAAAUGGGCACGUUCAGUUUCAAAUCAUUUAAGUUAAAGAAGAAAGCAUGGCUCAACGAGGACAGCCACGGUCUCGCGUCGGAGACGCACGCAAGCAAAGGAAGGAUCGCAAAAACGAUGCAGUUCUUGUGCUAAGUAGUGACAGUAGUCGCGGCCCGUCAGUGUCUGCUUCCGGCUUCGCAUCACCAGAAGAUUCUUUGGCCGGUCAAACUCCUAGACUUAUUGGCAACGAAGGAGAUGCACCACACGCACACGCUAGCAACGAGCAUGUUGAUGCCAUCGAGGUUUUUGUCGAGAAAAUUCGCGGUUUUCAGCCUGGUGAGGUGCAGGGCGCGGAAAUCCGUCUUGUUGCCCCUGAGCAGCUUUUCGGAGCGGUUCCUGCAGUGGCGCACCAGGAGGCCUCGUCGCCCUCCUCGAGUGUUGUUCCACCAGAAGGAAUCGUUUCCUCCGUGUUGCGGCCUCAUAUGUGGUGCACUGCGGCUUUCCCAGUAGACAUGAGCAUCACGGAAAUUGCACAACAGUACGUGCAACUAGCUGUCCGAGCAAAAGGAAAAGAGGAAUUUCAGCUAUUAAGACUGAACAGAGCCUGCCUCCAUGUGAAUCCGUGCAAAUACUGAAGGGGUACGUAACCUGUACCGGAGUCUCGGGUUGUACUGACGAGGCAAGUACUGGCUCGAGUAUUUUCACGGGAUUUCUUCACAGGACAGGCUUUUAUGGCCAGGUCUAAAGCUAGUGCUCCCAGUGAAGGUGCUGCUUUCGCAAGAGGUUCCAAUCUCACUGGACAUGAAUGCUCCUCCGAUCUUCAAAAACAUGACGCUGUGGCGAUUGAACGAGGAGGAGGAAAGGCGUAUGAUUGGGAGAUUCUUUGUCUAG